CCCCCUCCAUUUGUGGGCUUUGUGCCCCCUACUGCAGCCACCAUUCGCCCCUCUCUAGCUACCGCGGUCCUCCCGUCCAGGCCCCGCUCCCACCAGGCGCCAUCGGGUGUGGCGCCCCUGGGGCGGGACCACCUGGCCACGCGGGAGACCCAGCAGGCUACGCGCAGACGUAGCCCCCAACUGAGGCACACUCUCAGCCCAGAGAACCUGCGGAGCUUGGCGGAGCGCGGACCCACCGACUCCGCCGGGGCCACCUCGCAGGGGCUCCCCAGGGCCAACAGUGACACGGACCUGGUCAACUCACAAGGCCGCUCCUCCCUCACAGCGUCCACGCUUGAGUUCACCCUCGGCCGUGGGCAGAACCUGAUCAUCUCGUGGGACAUCAAGGAGGAGGUGGAUGCCACUGACUGGAUCGGGCUGUACCACAUAGAUGAGAAGUGUCCAUCAAAUGUUUGGGACUGCAAGAACCGUGGCGUAAACGGAACCCAGUGUGGUCAGAUAGUGUGGAGACUGGAGCCAGGGCCUUACUUCCUGGACGCGGAAACCAGGAUUUGUUUCAAAUACUACCAUGGAGUGAGUGGAGCUCUGAGAGCCACAACACCGUGUAUCAUAGUCAAGAACCCAAGAGUUUCGGCUGACAGCCAAGGUGAAGGCCAGCAGACUUCAGAUAGCAGCCGGAAACUGGUCAGCUUCACCCUGUCUGAUAUCCGAGCUGUGGGGUUGAAGAAGGGGAUGUUCUUUAACCCCGACCCCUAUCUGAAGAUGAGGAUCCUUCCAGGCAAGAGGAACAUCUUCCCUACCUUCUCCCACCAUGGCCAAGAGAGACGAUCUGCCAUUAUGACCAAUACUACUAACCCUGUGUGGCACGGAGAGAGACACACUUUUGUGGCACUAGUAACAGAUGUCCUAAUAAUUGAGAUCAAGGACAAGUUUGCCAAAAGUCGACCCAUCAUCAAACGCUUCCUAGGUCAGCUGAACAUCCCUGUCCAGAGGCUGCUGGAGAGACCUUCAUCAGGAAAUCAGCUUCUGAACUUCUCUCUCUGCCGCCGGUUGCCCACUGAUAAUGUCAGUGGUCAGCUGCAGUUUAAAGUGGAUAUCACCUCUACAAACCAGGACGACGUCUCCCCUGAGUCAAUUCUUGGUGUGGCGGCCCUGAAUGCCGCCCCUGGUACCCCUUCAGACGAUGAGGAUCUGCCCCAUCCUCUCCUGGUCACGUCUGCAGGACCCUCUCCCACAGGCUCCCAGGGUUCCCGCAGGAAUGGGGAGGGAGGUAGCAUCCAUUCACCCGAUACUGAGACCUGCGGUGCCACUUUCGAUGACGAGGCCCCACCGUCUCCUGACUUACUGCCGGGGUCGUUCAGCGAGCAGCUUGACAGCAUCGAGGCCCCAAAAGGGCCUGGAGAGAGGCCAUUGGGUGCUGCCUCCACCCAGCUACGCUCCAGCUUCCCCACGCACACUCGCCUCAGCGCUAUGCUCCACAUCGACUCGGACGAGGAUGAGGAGAGGUCCACUGGCACUGAUCUCACCCCAUCUACUCUAAUCACAGCCUCCAGAGGUCUUCUGGGCCCCUCCAAACCACCUGAAGAACCAGAGGAACCCAAGCAGCAAGGGAAAGAGGAAGAACUGCGAGACGACGCAAGGCUGGAGUCAGAAGUGGAGACUCUGACUUUAGGGACUGAGCUGGUUCCACAACCUGAGAUGAUCCCCAGUUCUGUGGCUCCAGAAGUGGAGACCGCCAGUCUGUUGGAGAGGCCGGAGGGAGAGGAGGACCUGGGGCCCAGUGAGGAGCUCGCAACAGAGGUAGAUAUCUCUUCCAUGGCAUCUGACACUUGCCCAGUACCAGUGUCUGCCUCUCAGGAAACAGAAGAGGGGGCUGAGACGGCUAUAGAUCCAGGGGGAGGGGAGCUCUCGGAUGAACCUCCUCCAACCUGUGAAGUUGCUGACACUGGAGGUGAACCACCUCCAGCCCAUGAUUUCGAACUGGACACACCUCCUCCUGAUCUAUUAGCCAAUGAGGAGGAGGAAGAGGAGAUGGAGGAGGAAACUAUGUCCAGGAGGUGGAGCCUGGAGGCAACUGCGGGUGUGUCACAGGAGGAGGAGGAGGAGGAGGAGUUAAUGUAUUCCGGAGAGGGUGGGUCUGUGGAUUCGGAGACUUUUGCUACAGAGACAGACACAGAAACAGGUGUGCCACAGCUAAAUGGACAUCAGCAAGUUCGAUCGCUGCCCUCUGUAAGGCAAGAUAUCCACAGAUACCAGCGUGUGGACGAGCCCUUGCCUCCCAACUGGGAGGCUCGUAUUGAUAGUCAUGGCCGUAUUUUCUUUGUGGACCACGUGAACCGGACCACCACCUGGCAGAGACCCACUGGCCCUCCCGCUCCUCAGGGUUUGACCCCAUCCAGCUCCAUCCAGCAGAUGGAGCAGCUGAACCGCAGGUACCAGAGUAUCCGCAGAACAAUGACCAAUGAGAGGUCAGAGGAACCAACUUCAGAUCCUCCCGAGGACUCAGAGCUCCUGUCCCUGUCCAUCUCUGACUACCGUAGGGAUGGCUCAGUAGCCAACACUAGCAAUCGUUCACGUCUGGCCCUGCUGCUACAGUCUCCUGGUGCCAAAUUCCUCUCUAGUCCUGAGUUCUUCACUGUGCUGCACUCUAACACUAGUGCCUACCGCCUGUUUACCACUAACACGUGUCUGAAGCACAUGAUUAGCAAGGUCCGACGGGACGCGCAGCACUUCGAGCGCUACCAGCACAACCGAGACCUUGUCACCUUCCUCAACCUGUUUGCCAACAAACAGCUCGAGUUACCACGUGGCUGGGAGAUGAAGCAUGAUCAUGCUGGCAAGCCAUUCUUUGUGGAUCAUAACUGCCGCGCCACCACGUUCAUAGACCCACGCCUACCCCUACAGAGCUCCCGCUCCAGUGGCCACCUGGCACACCGCCUGCACCUGAACCGCCAGAGAAGCCACAGUGCAGGAGAGGUAGCAGAAGACUCCCACUCUCCGAGUCCCCAGACACAGCCAAGACCCUCAAGCACUUUCAGUGGUUCCAGUCGUGGCCAGUACCAAGACCUGGUACCUAUGGCUUAUAAUGAGAAGAUUGUAGCAUUCCUGCGACAGCCAAACAUCUUAGAGAUUCUACAGGAGAGGCAACCAGAGCUCGUGAGAAACCAUUCCCUCAAGGAGAAAGUACAAUUUAUUCGCAAUGAAGGGGCGUCCGGAUUAGCUCGGCUCUCUAGUGAUGCAGACCUGGUCAUGCUGCUCAGUCUGUUUGAAGAGGAAGUGAUGUCAUAUGUGCCUCCCCAUGCCUUAUCGCACUCGGGGUACUCUCAUGCCUCCCCGCAGAGCUCCCCUGGUACUCCUAGAGCAAAUGCUCGUGCUCCGGCCCCAUAUAAACGUGACUUUGAGGCCAAACUAAGAAACUUCUACCGGAAGUUGGAGACGAAGGGUUAUGGACAGGGUCCAGGAAAAGUGAAAUUGAUCAUUCGCAGAGAUCACCUGCUAGAGGAUGCCUUCAACCAGAUCAUGUGCUACUCCCGAAAGGACCUGCAGAGGAGCAAACUCUAUGUCAGCUUUGUGGGAGAAGAGGGGUUGGACUACAGUGGCCCAUCAAGGGAGUUCUUCUUUCUGGUGUCCCAGGAGCUAUUUAACCCAUAUUAUGGACUCUUUGAAUACUCAGCCAAUGAUACUUACACUGUGCAGAUCAGCCCAAUGUCAGCGUUUGUCGACAACCACCAUGAAUGGUUCCGGUUCAGUGGACGGAUCCUGGGCCUUGCUCUGAUUCACCAGUACCUUCUGGAUGCCUUUUUCACUCGGCCAUUCUACAAAGGCCUGCUACGCAUCCCGUGUGAUCUGAGUGACUUGGAGUUCUUGGAUGAAGAGUUUCACCAGAGUCUUCAGUGGAUGAAGGACCAUGACAUUGAGGACAUGCUGGAUCUCACCUUUACUGUCAACGAGGAGGUGUUUGGUCAGAUUACAGAGCGGGAAUUGAAGCCUGGUGGAGCCAGUGUCCCUGUGUCUGAGAAAAACAAGAAGGAGUACAUAGAGCGUAUGGUGAAGUGGCGGAUUGAGAGAGGGGUGGCACAGCAGACCGAGAGUCUGGUCCGAGGAUUCUACGAGGUUGUAGAUGUUCGUCUGGUCUCUGUGUUUGAUGCUCGAGAAUUGGAGCUUGUCAUUGCUGGAACUGCAGAAAUCGACCUUGCAGACUGGAGAAACAACACUGAGUAUCGAGGAGGUUACCACGACAAUCAUAUUGUUAUCCGAUGGUUUUGGGCAGCUGUGGAGCGCUUCAACAAUGAACAGCGAUUAAGGCUCCUUCAGUUUGUUACGGGUACCUCAAGCAUUCCAUACGAAGGCUUUGCAUCUUUGCGGGGCAGCAACGGCCCACGGCGGUUCUGUGUUGAGAAAUGGGGAAAAGCCACUUCCCUUCCAAGGGCUCACACCUGUUUUAAUCGUUUGGAUCUCCCUCCGUACCACUCCUUUUCCAUGCUAUAUGAAAAGAUGCUUACUGCUGUGGAGGAGACCAGUACCUUUGGCCUGGAAUGAACCUGCUUCUCAGAAUCUGCUCUCCACUUAUCUUCCUUCACUAUGUCACAGCUUGGACCUCCAUGUAGACUAUAACAACAACUACAUGUUUUAUUUAUAUAGCUCCUGUUCCAAGCUCAAGGACACUUUACAGAUCAGAUCAAGGAACAUGUAUGGAUGCUAGAACAACGAUAGGAAAAGUCAUCGUGAAGCAGCAGUCACCUACAGGACUACAUAACUACAAAACAGAACUACAAAGCAGCAUUACACAAGAAAUGACAAAACUACAGAUUAGGAAUACGUAAGACAAUAAUAUAAUUAGUAUGCACCACACAGCAGCAGAAUAAGAUGCAUAGAACAAAGAAUUGGUGGGUUUUUAAGUCUGGAACUCCAUGUAGAUGCUAAACUUCUUCUGUAUCCUCAGCCCUCAUCUGCACAUGGGCUGGGUUACUGGAGUCUCCUCCUCUCCCAUAAUGCUCAGCCUGUGUGACUGAAUUAAACUAUUCAUGGUGACUGCUAAUGGACUCAAUACUGAGACCUGUUGUUUGGUCUGCAGAACCCCCAACCACCAACCCACACUCCCACAGACACAUACACACAUACAUGCACGCACACACACACACGAACGUGCGCACGCACACAUACACACACACACACACACACACACACACACACACACACACACAACAUGCAGAAACAAAUAAAUCACCCAAAACAUUAGCAAAACAGUAACCGUUACCCUAAUACAUUCUAUAUUCACACACACCCUCUUCACCCCCUUCAUCUGUUUCUCUGCUGAAGGAGCACAAGUCCAUGCAGGUCCAGAAUAAAGCGAUGACUCUAUGUACACUCAA